AUGGAUUUGGAAUCUGAUGUGUGUACUGAAGCCGUAGAAUGCCUGAAAUCAGGCGGUAUUGUUGCUGUCCCCACCGACACAGUCUACGGAUUGGGGGCAGAUCCGUUUAAUGCAAAUGCUGUGCAAAGGCUCUACAUGUUAAAAGGACGACCAGACGGUAAGCCGAUUCCACUCGUCCUCAGUUCGGUUGAUGAUGUCCAUCGCGUUGCCCAAAACUUACCUGACUACUUCUUUCACCUCACAGACCAAUUUUGGCCCGGUGGUUUAACAAUUAUCGUUGAAGCAAAGGAUCUACUUCCGAUAUUGACAGCCGGUGGUAACACAGUUGGGGUACGCAUCCCGAACAAUCCACUACUUCUGAAAAUCCUUCAAACUUUUGGCGGACCAGCGGCAAUAACAAGCGCGAAUCUCUCUGGCGAACCGCCAGCUACCUCUCCGCAAGAAAUUGGUGAAGAACUCGCAUCGCGAAUUGAUAUGAUAGUCGAUGGCGGCAAAACACCAGGACCCAUUCCGUCUACGGUCUAUGACAUCUCUGUCUCACCGCCGCUUAUCCGACGGCACGGCGUGAUUUCAGAAGAUACACUCGCUAAGGAGAUCGUGUGCUACAACAAGCUUUAA